UUUCGGCUACGGUGGAGCGCUGGCUAGGAGCAGAGGAAGCGCUUCCCACUAGUCCUGCGUACGUGCGGCUUCUUCUGUCCCAGCUCCUCCGAGCAGCCUUCCCGAGGUAGAGCCAUGACCCUGAACCGAGGCGACAAGCUGAGAUACCUGGACAAGCGGCGCUGCAGUAUGCCUUUUGCCGUGCACCAGCAGCACCUGCACCGGCGGAGCAUGCCUGUGGACGAGCGGGAGUUGCAAGCCUCCCUGCCCCAAGCCCAGCUCUCGCACCUGGUGCGCUGCACCUCCUACAACCCCUCCGAGGAGGCGCAUCACCAGCAAGGCUGGACUUCGGACUCCUCCGACUCCGUCAUCUCCUCCGGCAGCGACUCCGACAGCAACCUCUACAAGGUCAUUCUGCUAGGCGAGCAUGGGGUGGGCAAGACCAGCCUGGCCAGGAUCUUUGGGGGAGUAGAAGAUUGCCCGGAUGCUGAAGAAGCUGGCAAUACGUAUGACAGAGCUAUUGUUGUUGAUGGCGAAGAAGCUUCUCUUGUGGUGUUCGAUAUAUGGGAACAGGAUGAUAGCCAAUGGCUUCAGAACCAGUGCAUGAAAAUGGGGGACGCGUACAUUAUUGUCUACUCCGUGACGGAUAAAGUCAGCUUUGAGAAGGCCUCGGAGCUGAGAAUCCAGCUACGAAGAGCAAGACAAACGGAAGACAUUCCUAUCAUUCUUGUAGGAAACAAGAGUGACCUGGUCCGAUCGCGGGAAGUCUCUGUAGAUGAAGGACGAGCCUGCGCAGUGGUGUUUGAUUGCAAGUUUAUCGAGACUUCUGCCGCUCUGCAUCAUAACGUGAAGGACCUCUUCGAGGGGAUUGUCCGGCAAAUUCGGCUACGCAAAGACAGUAAAGAGGACAACGCCAGGCGAAUGGCCAACACCAAGAGGAGAGAGAGCAUCAGCAAGAAAGCCAAGAGGUUCCUUGGCCGGAUCGUGGCCAAGAACAACAAGAAGAUGGCGUUCAAGGCCAAGUCCAAAUCUUGCCAUGACUUGUCAGUGCUUUAAUGGCCACUUUCAGAAGACCCAGAUGCUGUGUGCGUGUGUACGUGUGUGGGAUUGUGAGCAUGUCUUUGAUUGUAAAAGGGUGAAAACAGGAUUAUGGACAUGAGCCACACGGUGGGAGAAAAAUGUUCUCCUUCAUGCCUUAAGGCUCCUAAGUGAGACUUGGGAAGAAGACGACCUUGUCUUCAUCGGCAAAUGGUUUUUUUAAGCUUCUGCGUGUGUGAGGAACUGAACAGAAUUUUCCAAUACUGAGGCUUGGUAUGCCUGCAUCUUCACUGUGUUUCUGUGCUAGCCGUCCUGUGGAUAUCAGGGAUGCAAAGAUCAGGAGGGAUGGUGAAAUUGAUCAGCAUCGUCAUGUUUCCUUUGCAGAGCAAGACUUGAAUGAAUGUACGCAGGAUCGUACACUCUCUUAUUCUUUGGUAUAUAUUAGAAAGCCGUGAUCUUUUUUUAAAAAAAAUGUGGGCUGGAUCAGACCAUUUUAAGUGCAUUCAGGACAGGAGGAAGCAAAAUCUAGAUGAAAUAUAA